ACAUUUCAUAUAUAAACCCAUUUCUCUCUCUAAAUCAUCUUAACCGUUUCUCUCUCUCUCUCUCUAAACAACGCAAUCUCUCUCAACUUCACCGGCGGCAAUAUCUCCGGCCACCGCUUUGCGCUUUGGAUUCGCCGCUAAAUUUAUUCGUUGAGGUACUGAAGUUAAAGAUAAAGGGAAUUUGAUUAGUAAAUCAUUUCUGUACCUGGAAUUUUGGAUUCUUCCGCAAUGGGUGCAGGUGAAGAUCUUGCAAACAAUGCAGCUAGUGUUGCCGAGAAUCCUGUAAACCAGGCCACUCCUACUACAGAAAAUCCUAUAAGCAAUCAAGCAGGUGGGGCAGAAAAUCCUGUAAAUGUUGCAAAAGACCAAGCAGUUGGUGCAGAAAACCCCGUAAAUGACACUUUAGGUGGUUCGGAUGUUUUAGUGAAUGAUAAAGCACAUGCUGCCGAAAAUUCUAUAAAUGAUACAGCAGGUGAUGAUGGAAAAGAAAGUGCUAUGAAAGACAAAGCAGGUGAAGAUGACAAACAAGGUGCUGCAGAAAAUCUCGCAGAAGAGAAACCAGAUGCCAUAGAAACCCCUGUAAGCAGCAAAGCUGACCGCCUUCCAGAAGAAGCAAAGGAGAUUCUGAUAUCAUUAGCAGGUAAAUGGGAGGAUGUACUAGAUGCAAAUGCGUUACAGGUGAUCCCUCUCAAGGGGGCAAUGACAAAUGAGGUAUUUGAAAUAAAGUGGCCAGCUACAACUGAGGAAACCUCACGAAAAGUUCUUGUUAGGAUCUACGGGGAGGGUGUGGAAAUUUUCUUUGAUAGGGAUGAUGAAAUACGGACAUUUGAGUACAUGUCAAAGAAUGGUCAGGGACCACGUCUACUAGGACGUUUUACAAAUGGACGUGUUGAAGAGUUUAUCCAUGCACGGACGCUGUCAGCUUCUGAUCUACGUGAUCCUUCCAUUUCUGCUCUUAUAGCGGCCAAAAUGAAGGAGUUCCAUGAUCUAGAUAUGCCUGGUGAAAAGAAAGCCAAUCUUUGGCCUACAUUGAGAAAUUGGCUUAGUGAGGCCAAACGUUUGUCUUCUCCAAAAGAAGUCGAAGCUUUUUAUUUGGACACGGUCGACAAGGAAAUCUCUAUUUUGGAAAAGGAGCUGUCAGGCUCGCAUCAACGGAUAGGGUUUUGCCACAAUGAUUUGCAAUAUGGUAACAUAAUGCUUGACGAAGAGACCAACUCUGUGACCAUAAUAGACUAUGAAUAUGCUAGUCACAAUCCUGUAGCGUAUGAUAUAGCAAACCACUUCUGUGAGAUGGCUGCAAACUACCAUACAGAAACGCCUCAUAUUCUUGAUUAUAGCAAAUAUCCUGACGUUGAGGAGCGUGAAAGAUUUGUUAAGGCGUAUUUGAGGACCUCAGGUGAAGAACCAAGUGACAGUGAAGUGGAGCACUUACUACAAGAAGUUGAGAAGUAUACACUUGCAAAUCAUCUAUUCUGGGGCCUUUGGGGAAUAAUUUCGGGACAAGUAAAUACAAUUGAAUUUGACUACAAGGAGUAUGCGAAACAGAGGUUUCAAGAGUAUUGGGCAAGGAAACCUUAUCUUCUAAGCUCUGAUGCACCUUCUCCUUUUAAUACCCCUGAGGGUACAGGAGAGCUUGCAUCCGCAGCGCACCCCAAAGGAUCAAAGAACUCUGGUAUCUUCAGGAAGAUGAAGAGAGUUUUGGGUCUUGGCUUGUUCAGGUCAAAAACCUAAACCAAAGGUUCAUGCCAAAACAUUUUUCUUAAGAUUUUCUUUAAUGUACUAAACAAGUACUAUAUUUUGGCAUCAUAUUUUUUAUUUGUUCAUUCUUUAAAUUUGUAUCAGAAUGGUUAAUAAUGUACGUGAUUUUAAGAUCAGAAAUCUUAGCCUGGUAAGUUUACAACUUUA